GAACUGCAAGGGCCCAGGACACAUGGCAAGAAAUUUCCCUGCACAGUGGAGCCUGUGAGGCGUGUCUUUCCACCUGCUUCCCCUCAUCUCUUCUCCCUCAGAAGCUGCUUUCUUCCUGGUGCCCUCUCUCCACAUCUACCAUUGAGUUUCUCCUGGACAUCACCUUCAUCCCCUCCCUUAUCCAGUGGCUAGACACUUGCACUCCCUGUAGCACCCACUUGGUCUUUUGCUUGACCUGUCUCUCUUCCUAUCCCGUCUUUCCCUUCCUGGUCUCUUCCUCCUCAUUCCUCACCCCCUGUCCAUACCCUUGACCUACAACUGAAUGCACUGUGACAAGAGACAUGCAUGGGCCUAAAGCAGUGCCUUAGCCAAGCCCCAGGCUUCUGCCCAGGAAUUGCCUGCUUGUUCAGGUUAGCCUUUCUGAACAUUCUAGAAAUCUUCCCUUCUCUGCGUUGUUUUUCUUUCUUCUUGGAAUAAAUUUGCCCUUCUACGAGUCCUUAGUUAUUUAAUCAGCAGUCUUGCUUUGCUCCUUAUCAUACCUCCACACAGUUUUCCACAUUUCCUGAUAUCCUCCUGUCUUUCCUCUGCUGCAUAUGUUAAUCUCUCUCUUAUUCCUUUACUUUACUAUGGCUCUGCUCACCCAUCCACAUAUAAAGCCAAGGUGCCAAGGACUAGGGCCGGGGGAAGCAAAUCACAACAACAGCAACCUGUUGAUUAUCUAUUAUGUGCCGGAUGCUGCACCACACACCAAGAGCACAGCAGUGACCAAAACAGACAAAUCCUUACCCUCAGGAAGCUUGCAGUUACUGCAGUGGAAGGAGAUAGACAACAAAUAGGAUCAGUGAAAUGAUUAGAAGGUUGAAUGGUGUGAGAGAUGCUAUACAGUAAGGCCAUCUGCCCUCAAGAAGGCAGAUGGGAAGCAGGGAGUCAGAGAAGAGGGGAGCUGAGAUCAUAGGAAGUCAUCCUCAGAUGGCCUUGAUGAGAAGUUGAUAAGUGAGUAAAGGUGGGAAGAAGCACCCCCAGAGACAGCUGGGGACAGGAAUUCCAGGUAAAGGGCCCAGAGGUGAGGGUUGGGGGAAGAGCCUCAACUCAAGGUGAGGAGAGCAGAAGGGGCAAGGAGGUAAGGAAGGUGAUGACUCUGAGCAAGGGGACAGGUGCAGAACUUUUCUACCUGAAGUCCCUUCAGCUUGUUUUUGGAAAGUGCUUUCAAGCCAAGGUUAUAAUUGCUAUAAAAAAAAAAAUAGAAACUACAAGGCUGGGGCUGGGGCUGUAGCUCAGCAGUAGAGCGCUUGCCUAGCAUGCAUGAGGCACUGGAUUCGAUCCUCAGCACCACAUAAAAAUAAACAAAUAAAAAAAGGCAUUCUGUCCAUCUACAACUACAAAAAAAUUUUUUAAAUAGAAAAUACAUAUUACUACACAUAGCCACUCUUUUCUUCCCUUCAAUCAAAAGCAGCCAGCCCCAUCCCUCCUCACCCCCCUACAGCCCCAGCUUGGCUUCAGUUGCUCUGUGUUGUCCCAGUUCCUCUUCUUUGGCAGCAAAAAGAAAGAGGAAAGCAAGUGUGUGGAUCUACUCUUGGUCCACCCACCCGUCCCGUUCUCUGUCUGAGAGGGUGACUGUAUGAAGCAUCGCCUGCCACCUGCUUGUGACUCUCUAGCAGUUUGCCGCAGUGAAGGAUGGCUGCCACCUGGGAGAGUUGAUCAAUUCAUAGGAAUAAGUUGGGAAUGAUCCAUCUGACCUGUACAAAACCAGGUAGGCUUCUGCAGUUUGGAUUUUUACAGAAAUCCAAACUCUCAGCUGGGGAGAAUAAGAAACAGCAGCUGAGUGCCAGGGUGGGCUGUGAAAGCUGGCCAUUCUUCCCUGACCAUGGUCUCCUUCCCAAAUCUGUAACUCUAGCUCCCUCCCGCCAACAAAAACCUUAACCUCCAAGAGCUUCUCCAACAGCAGGUCUGCAGCCUCUGUCCUGCUGCAGUCACAUGCAGCUGCUGCCUGAAAUACAGAGCACCGCUGGCUUCAUGCGCCACUCUGCUUGGAAUUGAAUCUCCACUUGGGGGUUGGGAAUUUGGGGUUCUUACAGUAAUCGCUGCUGCCUCUUUGCUGGUCAGCUCAGGGCUGUACUGCGCACAUGUGCUGGCAAGGGAAGAGGGAAUGCAGACCCUCAUACAGGCCCUGGGAGGGGCUUUGCUCACUUGGUAUUGGAAAGAUCAUCCCUGUCUCUCCCAUAGUUCUUCAAUAGUGACUUAGUAGGUUUGUGCUGCCUGAGGCCUCAGCUUUUGUGCUCCUUCUCCUGGUGAACCUCCAUGGCCCCCCUUGAAUACAAAGUAGCAAUAUCAGUUAGUCUGUGUUUCCUUUAGUUUGGAAAUUCAUUUCCUAUCCAGAGCUUAUCUGAUGCUCACAACCAUCUUGUUGAACAGAGAAGCAAAUUAUUGUUUUCCCCUUUUGGUGGGAUUUGGCACCAAGUUGCCUGAGUCUUAGCCAGGCAAGGUAAUGCAUGCCUGUAAUUCCAGUAACUCGGGAGGUUGAUGCAGGAGGAUCUCAAGUUCAAGACCAGCCUCAGCAACUUAAGUUGCUUAAGGUGAGACCUUAAGCAACUUAAGCAGACCCUGCCGCAAAAUAAAAAAUAAAAACAUCUGAGAAUGUAGCUCAAUGGCAAAGCAUCCCUGGGUUCAUUUCAUAGUAUCAAAAAAAAAAAAAAAGAAGUUCCCUCAAUUUCAUCUCCACUCUUACCCCAGGAUUAUCACUAACAGACUGGUGGCAUGAUCCCUGCAGAUCUUUAUUAGUUACCAUAUUUUGCCAUUAUAAAUAAUGACAUUUAUAUGUAUAUGUGUAAAUAUAUGUAUAUAUAUUUUAGUCAUCUAUCUUGGAAAUACUCCUCAGUACUUACAGAUCCCUUCUUUUGCAGUGGUGGCAUGUCUUCCAUUGUUUGGGUGAACUGCAACUUGGUUAAUUAUUUGUCUAUGGAUGGUCAGUUGUUUCUAAUUUCCAAUGAUUCUCGAACAUAAUUUUGCAUAGGUAAGUGUUUCAAUGCAAUAAGGCCCAGGAGGUUGGAAAGCUGGAUCAAACAGGCCUGAACAUUUUAAAUAUUAGUACCAAAACAUCCCCCAAAAUGUCUGUGCUGAUCUACAUUCCCCCCCCCCCAGCCUCAGCUGACAUUGCUUUAAUACCCACAAAAUGCACUGGGGAUGUAGCUCAGUGAUAGAGUGUGUGCCUAGCAUGUGUUAGGCCCUGGGUUCAAACCCUAGUUGGGUAACACACACACACACACACACACACACACACACACUGAAAUGUGAGCUCAGUCUCCAAAACAAAGUACUGACACAUUCUCCAAAUAAUUCAGAAUCAGGAAAUUUCCAGAAACUGGAGUGUUCUGUGUACCCAAACCACCAACAUGGGCACACUAGCAUGUUUUACAAGUACAUUUAUCAGCAGCAGUCUGUCCCAGCUUUGGCUUACAAGUACGCACCCAGGGAGAAAUCCUAAAACUCCAUAGGUCUAUUAAAAAGGGCUUUUUACCAGAACUAAUACUCUGUUGUGAGUGUGUAGGAUAUGCCUUUUGGUGGGGUUUGGAGUGUUCCAGCAGAGUGACCAUAUUUCCUAAAUUUUCAAGGACAUAAGGUCUGAUGGCCCCUCAGAGUAUUGUAUUUAUCUUUUAAACCCCAGGAAGAACAGUGGUUGUGGCUCCUCAUCCUUGUAUGUAGUAAUCCUGAUUGUAGUUACCCCUGUAGAGAACUUAGUAUGCACUUCAGUGCACUCAACACAUAUUAGCCCUCUUAAUCCUCAUGGAUGGGCCUUCAAGAUGGGUAUUAUGGUUUCACAGAUGGGAAAACUGAGGCACGCAAAGAUCUAAUUACUUGUCCUGGGUUACAUAGCUAGUAAGAAGUAGCCGAACUAGUACUUGGACCCAAGCAGUCUGACUCCAAAAGCUGUGCUUUUAACCACUGGGCUUUGCUACUACCCAAUAGAUACUCUGUUUCCAAAUUGCAAACAUCUGUUCUUAGUGGAAGUGAGAAUAAAGAAAGCAGUAAUCUGCUUGUUUACAUGGACCACCUAUGUCAAGGUAUGUUAACCCUCAAUUCCCUCAAAAUAGUGUUCUUAGAGGCUGGGGUUAUAGCUCAGUGGUAGAGUGCUUGCCUCGCACAUGUGAAGCACUGGGUUCAAUCCUCAGCGCCACAUAAAAAUAAAUAAAAACAUUGUGUCCAUCUUUAAAAAAAAUAGUGUUCUUACAUCAGACACUGAGUCAAAUACAUAUUGUGUUUGACCUUAUAGUUUGCCCAGAAGCCAGAAACCAGGUUUAUUAUAGUUCUCCAGACCACCUGCUCCUUUACUUUGGUGACUUUUUUCUUCUUCCAUGGGGUGGUCAAAAUGACAGAGAUCUAAAACGGACUUCCUGAAAACAGGAGAGGCAGAGAGCCAUGUCUCUCUCAAGUGUGCAACUUAGAGAAUGUUGCAAGUUUCCCCAUGACCUCCAACAGAAGCCCAGAAAAGUCCUUUCUGAAGGUCGUUGUUUUAGCCCUUUCAUCUUUAGUUCUCAGAUUUUAUUUUCAGAAUUACAAUGAAUUAUUUUUCUUUACUUUUUAUUUUUCUCCUUUUUUUUUUUUUUCUUUUGGUGCUAAGCAUCCAACCCAGGGUCUUGCACGUGCUAGGCAAGUCCUCCACCACAGAGCUAAAUUCACAGCCUCACAAUGCAUCAUUUUUAACUGUUAUCCACUGAAAUAGGUUCAAAUCAUAUAUACAUUAAUAUCUCCCUUCUCAUACAAUUUCUUUAGAGCAAAAAAAAAUAUGCUAGAUGAAUGACCCUCCUUUUGGAGAAGGGAAAAGUAAGAUCCAAAAAGGUGAGGCAUGAGUUCAGCCGAGUAGAGAAACUUCUUCCUUCAUUCUCUAGAUCAUGAUAUGAAUCACUCUGCUGGAUCCUGAGCUACUGUGGGGGCUGGUGGGAGUUAUUUCAGAAGAGGGAAGUUUGCAGAGCAGCCAUGAAGCAUAGGAGUACUUCUCCAUGGAAGACUAGGAAAGCAGCUGGGCCUCUAAGAGGUUUGUUAAAUGAUGUAAGAUUUCAUCUUCACUGUCUGCCAUAAGAGCUGGAGCCAGCUUGGAACAGUGCAGCACAGGUAGCACCCAGUGCUAAGAAGAACAAAGCCACCUACUCUGUACUUCCGUAGUCUCUAGAACAAACCCCCCACCCAACCUUUAUUUGACCACAUACCACUUUCAAAACUUCAAAACGCAUGGCUACUGUAUGAAUCCUAGAGCAAAGCCAGACUGAAAGUAGGCUUCUUCACUAGGAGAGGGAAUGGCGAUUUUUUCAGGAGCUGGGUGGGGUGAACCCACAGAAGGGUACUAUUCAGAGAUUUCAAAAAACGAGGCUCUAGCAUCAGUCAUAUAGGUCACAGGAAAGUCUUCUCAGGGAUUCUUUUUUAUUUAUUUAUUUUUUAGUUCUCGGCAGACACAACAUCUUUGUUUGUAUGUGAUGCUGAGGAUCGAACCCGGGCCGCAUGCAUGCCAGGCGAGCACGCUACCGCUUGAGCCACAUCCCCAGCCCUUCUCAGGGAUUCUGUUCCCCAGAAUAAAGCUGCUCAGGUCCCCUAUGAGCCUCUAGAGACUUUCCCCAUUUUGGGUGGUGGAAUGAUCACCAAAGUAUAGAAGUUUGCGAUUUAGAUGACAAAAGCUAAUCCAAGGUGUUUUGGCAACUGUCCUCCCCUUGCCAAGGGCUGGCAGGGACACACACACACACUCACACACUCACACCCACUGGUUCUCCUAGAAGACAGUAGACACACCUUUGCCAGUGAAAAGGUUGUUGAGCUGGGGACUGGCCUUGCCCAUCUGGUCCUGCUCUCCUCUGUGUUUCUCCCUGGCUUUCAUUCCUAAUUUCCAGUUCAAAUCCACAUCCAUUCUCUUUUUACUUUCUUUCUUCUGGCUUGAUAGCUCAUUUGUUCAGCGUUAAAUUAUUUUUUUGUGGUGGAGGGGCGGUAUGGGGCAUUGAACCCAGGGAUACUCAACCACUGAGCCACAUCCCCAGCCCUAUUUUGUAUUUUAUUUAGAGACAGGGUCUCAUUGAGUUGCUUAGCACCUCGCUUUUGCUGAGGCUGGCUUUGAACUGGCAAUCCUCCUGUCUCAGCCUCCCAAACUGCUGGGAUUACAGGCAUGUGUCACUGAGCUUGGCUACAGUAUGAACUUUUUUUUUUUUUUAAUUAUAGUUAGACACAAUAUUUUUAUUUAUUUUUAUGUGGUGCUGAGGAUAGAACCCAGCACCCUGCACGGGCUAGGUGAGUGCUCCACCACUGAGCUACAACCCCAGCCUCCAGUGUUAAAUAUUCUUAAAGUCAGUUAAUUCAAACAGGUGCCUACACUAGGAGCAGCAGUGCCAGAGAAAAAUAGGUAAAAACUCUUCUUCCACGCUCUAGGUCUCACCACCUGACUAGCUGGCUCUCUGCUGGCCUGUCUGUGCCAGAAAUGUACUUGCAAAUCUCAGAUAAGGAAAACCCUGGGGAUGUGUUCUUAACACUGGAUGCAUAAUAGAAUUGCCUGGGGAAAUGUAAAAUAUUCAAGCCUGGGGCCCACCCCCAGCAAUUCCAAGCAAAUUGAUAUGAGAGGGGUUCUAGGCAUUUGGUGGUUUGUGUGGUUUUUGUUUUUUGUUUUAAUAUUUACUUUUUAGUUGUAGUUGAACACAAUAUCUUUUUAUUUAUUUACAUGUGGUGCUAAGGAUUGAACCCAAUGCCUCGCACAUGCUAGGUGAACGCUCUACUGCUGAGCUACAACCCCACCUGCAUUUGAUGUUUUUUAAAAAGCUUCCCAGGUUUUAAAAGUCUAAUGCCACCAUUAGCUAGACUGAGAAUCACUGCAUUGGCUUAUGUGUGUUAUCCUAGCUCCCCCAAAUCUGCUAAAAAUAGAACACAUGUUGGGGUGAGGGUCCUCUCUGCACUUGGGUAACUGAGUGUGCAUAUGUGUACUUGUCAUCAUAGUGAAUUAUGUGCUUGUGUGGGUGUGGAAAGGCACGUGGGUACUUGCAUGGGGUAGGUUUACAACACACAUAAGCCAAUGGAGUCUGUCCCUAUCCUUAGUUCUUCUUUGAUGUUUAUAUGGGUCUGGGGCUUUAGUUCAGAAGUAGGACCACUUUCCUAGCAUGUUCCAUGCCCAGGUCUAGUCCUAGCACUGAAAAAAAAAAUGCUUUUAAGGAGAGUCCAGCUUAGUGAUUAAUGAUGUCUUUAAUCAAGAAAGAAAACAGAGCUGUGUACUGUGGCACAAGCCUGUAAUCCCUGCAAUUUGGGAGACAGAAGCAGAAGAAUUGCAAGUUCAAAGCUAGCCUCAGCAACUUAGUGAGGCCUUAAGCAACUCAGCAAGAACCUGCCUCUAAAUAAAAUAUUAAAAAGGGCUGGGGAUGUGGCUCAGUGGUUAAGUACCCCUGGGGUUCAAACCCUGGUACCAGAAAAACAUUUGCUUUAAAAUUAAAAGUUCUGAAGGUCUGGGGAUAUAGCUCAGUUGUUAAGUUGUUUAUUUAGUUUUUUUGUGGUGCUGGGUAUCAAACCUAGUACCUCAUGCAUGCUAGGCAAAAGCUCUACCACUGAGCCACAAUCCCAGCCCCACUCCUUUUUAAGUUGUAGAUGGACACAAUACCUUUAUUUUGUUUGUUUAGUUUUUUUGUGUGGUGCUGGGGAUCCAAUACAGUGCCUCAGUUGUUAAGUUGUUAAUUGUUCCUUGGUUCAAUCCUUGGAACCAAAAAAGAAAAAAGAAGAAGACAGAAAGCAAAAGUACCAGCACAUUUAAGAACUGUGGUUGGGGUGCAGCAUGGUGGUGCAUACCCAGCAGCUUGGGAGGCUGAGGCAGGAGGAUUACAAGUUCAAAGCCAGCUUCAGCAAUUUAGCAAGACCCUAAUCAAUUUAUCGAGAUCUUGUCUCAAAAUAAAAAAUAAAAAGGGCUGGGGAUAUGGCUCCGUGGUUGAGCACCACUGGGUUCAAUCCCCAGUACCAAAAACCAAACAAACAAAAACUGUGGUUGAUAUGAGCUGGUGUGGUGGUACAGGCCUAUAAUCCCAUCAACUUGGGUUGCUCAGACAGGAGGAUCAAAAGUUCAAAGCCAGUCUCAGCAAUGUAUUAAGGCCCUAAACAACUUAGCAAGACUUUACCUCAAAAUAAAAAAUAAAAAGGGCUGGGGAUGUAACUCAGUGUUAAAGUGCAACUGGGUUCAAUUUCUAAUACCAAAAAAUUUAUGACUGAUGUCUUUUAUAACAGGAGGCAAAUGAAAUUGGAACAUUAGUUUAAGAGAUUUGUUCCUCUUCUACUGAUCUGGAAACUUGGGCUGUAGAUUAGAAUUGUGUUCCUCCAAGGUCUGGGGGAAAUGUGUGUGCACUUGGGUAACUGAGUGUGCAUAUGUGUACUUGUCAUCAUAGUGAAUUAUGUGCUUGUGUGGGUGUGGAAAGGCAUGUGGGUACUUGCAUGGGGUAGGUUUACAACACCCAGAGGAAAGAGGUUCUUUGGGACUUCCUUGGGCUGGAGGCCACUACCUCUGACAUCAUCAUUCUUGGAAAUACUUUCUUUAGGGAAAUUAUCCUUUUAGAGUAUUCAUCAGUCCUCUAUUUAACAUGCCCCUUCUCCCUUAUCAAGGAUCAUGGUGGUCCUGAAUGAGGAGGGCAGUGGGGGGGCUGCAGGCAGCAGGGGUAUGCCAGCCAAGCCAUGUGCCUUUUUAUAAUCCAUCCAAAGGUGCUGAAGGAGCUGGCAGAGCUCUGUGUGUGCCCUUUCCCCUACUAAAUUCUCUUAAAAGAUCAGUGUGAGGGAUAUCAAUGAAGACAACCACCAUCUCAUAUCCUGAUCCUCCCAACUUCAUUCACUGCUUUUGUCACAGUUUGAGGUUGCCAACAUUUUUCACACAAAACCAUAUGUCAUGUAGGUUGCAUCCCACCCAACCCCAGCUUGGAAGGAAAUUUUGUAAACUCAGAUUUGGACCAUUUAAAAUACAUUAUUAUUACAAAAAUAUGCUUAGUAAUGGAAAAUUCAGAGAAUACAAGAAAAAAGCUAAAAAAAAAAAAAAAAAAAAAACAAUUGUCCAGCUACCAGAUCUUAAUAUACUAUCAAACCUAAUAAUAUGCCAGGUAUGGUGGUACACACCUGUAAUCCCAGUGACUUGGGAGACUGGGGCUAGGUCACAAGUUUGAGGUCAGCCUUAGCAAUGAUUGAGGCCCUGUCUCAAAAUAAAAAAUAAAAAGGACUGGAGUUGUAACUCAGUGGUAAAGCGCCCUGGGGUUCAAUUCUCCAUACCAAAAAGAAAAAAAAUUUCCCAACAACUUAAUAAUAUAAUAUUAAGCCUGAUCUUUUGUAUGUGUGUAUGUGGGUGGGGGAACACUGAGAUUGAACCUAGGGCCUUGAACAUUCUAGGCAAGUGCCCUACCAUCUAGCUGUAUUCCAGCCUUAAAAAACAAAACUUUAUUUUGAGACAGGGUAUUCAUAAAUCGCCAAGACUGGACUUGAACUUGCAAUCCUCCUCCUUUAGCCUCUGGAGUUGCUGAGAUGACAGAUAUACACCAUUGCACCAGGCCUAAACCUUAAUAUUUGGGGAGAACUUCUCUUCUGCCUUUUAAUUCAUGAGAUUUUUUUUUUCAAUACUGGGGAUCAAACCCAGGACCCUCAUGCACACUAGGAAAGUGCUCUACCACUGAGUUCUGUUUUCAGUUCUAAUUCACAGGAUUUUAAAGAAAACAACAGAAAUGUAUAUACAACUGUUAAUAUACAACAAUUUUGUUCAUUCAUAUCAACAAUUUUGCAUCCUGUAUAUUACUUAGCUAUACAUCAUAAGUGUUUUGGCAUAUUCUUAUAUUUUCUUCAUGAGCAUAAUUUCUAGUAACUCCAAAGUAUUUCAUCAGGAAGGUACAUUGUGGUUGACAAUUGCCUUCUGGAUUUUUUUUUUCCACAUUUACCUAGGGAAGAAGAGAAGGGGAAGAUGGCUGAGAGUUUUUCCUGUUUAGAAUUCCAAGAAGAGCACCCUAAGUUUGUUUUUUGUUUGGAGCUACAUCCCCAGCCCUUUUUAUUUUGAGACAGAUCUAAGUUGCUUAGGGCCUUGCUAAAUUGCUGAGGCUGGCCUCAAACUUGCGCUCCUCUUACCUCAGCCUCUGGAAUUGCUGGAAUUACAGGGGUGUACCACCAUUCCCAGCCCCAGGUCUGGUUUGAUAUUUGGUUAUCAAUCUGGUGUGCCUUCUAGUCUUGACCUUCAGGGCAGAUUAAAGAGCCUGGCCCCUUAGUAGGGGCUGACCACUCCACUUCCACCUCCCCUUGAUUUGAAAUGAUAAAGAUUCUCUCAUCAAAGGACAGAGGAGCUGAAGUUAAAAUCUAACCACUAUAACUGUAGUACAGAUAAGUCCUCAAGAUUGCUUCUUCAAACAGAGCACCUAGAAAUGGGUACAGAUUGCAGAGUACUUGUCAGUAAAAGGAGAAAGUAUUGAAAGUAAAACUUUGUUCGUCAAAGCUGCUUUGCUGUAGUCAAGACACAAUCUUUCCACUUUGAAUUAUGUAUUAACUACUGUUGCAGAGAAAGCCCUUAGUCAGUGGAGGGAACAUAAACUGCUACUAUAUGGAAACCAUGUUAUGUAUGUGGGAUUUUUUUUUGUGUGUGUGUGUGUGUUUUUUUUUUAAUCAGGCUCUCUCUAUAUUGCCCAAGCUGGCUCUGAACUCCUGGGCUCAAAGGAUCCUCCUGCCUUAGCCUCCCUAGUUACUCAUGUCACUUUGGAAGCCAUUUUUAAACCUAUCUUCAUUAGCUUUAAAAGGUUUUUAUGGUGAUCAGGAUGAAACCUGGAGGGAUUGUGGAAGCCUGGGUGGCUUGGCUGCUAGCUCUCAUUCAGUUUUGCUUUGCUAGAAAUUGUGGGCUGAAUGCCAGGGAGGAGCACUGAAGCUUGAGGUCAGAGGGUGAGAGGAGUCCAAGGAACCACAAUCCCUCCUCCCUCCCUCCCUCCCUCAAGUCCCUUACUAGGAGGCCAGCAGAGUGGAACUGUAGGCUUGAGGGAGUAUCUGGUUACUGGCAAUGUUACAAAAUUCAAGCCCCUAUGUGACACAAAGAGAUGGAAUGGCCGACUCCUAGUGCAAGGUAUUUGAGUCGUGAGUUUGGAUUUGAAAAUUAGUUGAAAGGUGAAAUAUUUGUUUGUAGAGCUGCAGUUAUCUCAUACCCUCCACAGCUUUGAGAAAGUCCCCUUCAGCUCUCCACGCUGCAUAAACUUUCCUCUUGAUUCUACUUCUGCAUACCUUUCAUUGUACACACACAGUGGUCGACACAGCCAGCCCUCAUCAUCACCUACUGAAGGCAGCAUCCACAAGUGUCAUCAAAGCCCUUUCUCAGCUUUGGUUGGCUUAUCUGCCUCUUAAUUUCCUAUGUAUCUAGUCCUCACCCCAAAAUAUUAUUGGCCCAGCCUGCCCCAUACAGCACUUGUGACCUAUCAUUACUUUGCUCAGUCAUAACCUACCCAAUAAAAUCCAAACUCCUUGUUUGGUCACUGUGCCCACAAUCUGUCCUAGUAUCCUCUUCCUCAGAGCAGCAAGAAGUCAUUAUUUGCCACAGUUGGAAGUCUUUGGUUUAAAUUUCUUGUUUCAUCCAGGCUCUGCUGUCCUUCAAAUACACCUUGCCAGCUGGGUGUGGUGGUGCACACCUGUAAUCCCAGUGAUUCAGUUGGCUGAGGCAGGAGGAUCACAAAUUUGAGGCCAGCCUCAGCAAAUUAGUGUGAGACCCAUGAGCAACUUAGCAAGACCUUGUCUCAAAAAAAAAAAAGGGGCUGGAAUGUAGCUUGGUGAUAAAGUGCCCCUCGGUUCAAUGCCCAGUACCAAAAACAAACAAAAAUGCACCUUGCCCAUUCCUGUAUCUAUUCUUGUAUAUAAACUAGUCUUCCUAUCUAGAAUGUUUGUUUGUUUGUUUGUUUUGGUACUAGGGAUUGAACUCCGGCACUCUCCUAGUGAGCUACAUUACCAGUGUUUUUUAUUUAUUUUUAAAUUUUGAGACAGUGUCUUGCUAAAUUACCUAAACUGGCCUCACACUUGCAAUCCUCCUUCUUGCCUCAGCCUCUUGAGUAGCUGGGACUACAAGUGUUCCCAGUUCAAGAAUGUCCUUAACAGCUUCCCCAGUUUUUCACAGAACUCUGCCCAGCCCAUUGCAUCUCACAGAGAUUUCUUACCUGAAAUUCUCAACUUCUUCCAGUUGGAUCCUCUUACCAAUAUUUAGACCUUGUAUAGUGACUGUUUUUCUGUUUUCAACUUUAUUUGUCUUCAAGAUGAAUAACCUUCUGGGUGGCAGGAACUAGCCUGAGAACUCUGGGUACCGAAGCACCCUUCUCUGCUCAGAGCAGGCCUUCAGCAAUUUAGUUAAACGACUAUGCAAGUACAGUAUGAAUCUUCUGUUGAGUCAAGUAGGGAGGCUUGGCCUCUGGAACCAGUGUAAAAAGCCAAUUGAACAACAUCUGAAUUCACAUUUGUAAGUGGUGGGAUAUGGAAUUUUUGCUGAGGCUGGCUUUGAACUCAUGAUCCUCCUGCCUCAGCCCCCAGAGCUGCUGGAAUUACAGGUGUGCACCACUGUGCCUAGAAUUAAAUUUGUUUUAAUUAGUUAUACAUGACAGUAGAAUGCACUAUGAUACAUCAUUACAUAAACGGAGUAUAAUUUCUCAUUUUCCUGUUUGUACAUGAUGAAGAAUCCCACCUAUUGUGUAGUUAUAGAUGUAUAUAGGGUAGUUUUUUUUAAUGUACCUGCUUAACCCAUAAAUAACUUUUUAGUGAUCAUUUCCCAAGCAGUGUGAAAUGGUUUGAUUUCCUACUGCAGAAUGGGAGUGGGUCAAGGUCCUGGGGGCUUUGCCUGUGAUGCUCAGCUCUAUAGCCCAGAGUGAGGGUGAACAGACAAGUCCCUGCACUAAGACUUCUGGGAGGAGCAGCUUAUAAACUGUAGCUCAUGUUGCUAUAAAGUUUUUGUAGUUAGGAAAGUGAUGGAAAUUAUCGCAGUUGUGUUUGGAGGAUAUGCAAGUGCAUUGUUUUUAUGUCCUUCAAGUUUUUCUGAGAUGUAAAAGCUCAGGGUCUUCAGCUGGUUCUAAAUUUCUUUCCUCAGCUAAUGCCCUCCUUUCCCCUAUCCCCUCCCUUUCAUCUCAAGUCUAGCCCCAGCUGGCAUUGAGGUCAAUUUGGAAUUUAGGAGGUCAUGAAUGUCUGAAAUAAAGGUGUAAAAAAGGGUAGGAGGAAUUGUUUUGGCUUUAAGACACCGGAACCUGCAAGCUUCCUGCUAAACCAUUUGCAGCUUUUACAAACAGCCUUAAUGUCAUCAGCGCCCCACUGUGGGAUUCAAAGCUAAGCUGGUCACAAUAGUUAACGCCUUCUUUGACCAACCUUUUUAUAUUUGAUAACUAUUCUCUUCCAUCAGGAAGGUUCCGCUGCUUUGAUUUUAACGAACAGCCCCUUGGCGUGUAGAAGUCCGGGGUAGGGGUGAUUCGUUCUGCUCCCCAGCUUUGAAGAGUGAGUAGGUUUUCAAGACCUAGAAAGAGGGGCUUGGAGGCGGGGACGGAGAGUAAGAAUUCUGGAGGAACCUAUGGGUUAUCUCGAAAGUUAGCGACGCUUCAGGUUCAAAAUUGGGCACAAUGACCUCCUCCCCUGGGCAUCUGGCCCCGAGGCAAUAGCGGAGCAGCUCUGCCUUCCGCCACAUUGAGGAAACCAGUUUCCAAGAGCGCGCUGAGGCUGUAUGUCCACGCUGGACCCCACAAGCCGCCAAACGCAGGCCUGUGGAUUCCAUUCGACCCAGCCGGGAACGGGGUGCCCUCGGGGAACCCUCCUACUCUUGUCAACUUUCGCGGCCCCAGGGCCGGAGGAGGGCGCCUCUCUCGGCGAGGACGAGCUCGGUACUUAAGGCGGCUUGGCAGGGCCGGCACUCGUCAGUCCGAGCGCGCGGCGGCGGCAGCGGCGCACCGUGGAGGGAGGCGCGGCGACGAUAGGAGCCGGAGGAGGGGCAUGGAGCCGCCGCGGGCCUGCUGAGCACCAGAGCGCGGGCAUCCGGCGGCACGAUGCCGGUGCAGCUGACGACAGCCCUACGCGUGGUGGGCACCAGCCUGUUUGCCCUGGCGGUGCUGGGUGGCAUCCUGGCAGCCUAUGUGACAGGCUACCAAUUCAUCCACACAGAAAAGCACUACCUGUCCUUUGGCCUGUACGGCGCCAUCCUGGGCCUGCACCUGCUCAUCCAGAGCCUGUUCGCCUUCCUGGAGCAUCGGCGCAUGCGCAGGGCAGGGCGGCCAAUAAAGUUGUCCUGCCAGCAGCGGCGUUCAGUGGCGCUCUGCAUUGCAGCCUACCAGGAGGACCCUGACUACUUGCGCAAGUGCCUGCGUUCAGCCCAGCGUAUUGCCUUUCCUGACCUCAAGGUAGUCAUGGUGGUGGAUGGCAAUCGCCAGGAGGAUGCUUACAUGCUGGAUAUCUUCCAUGAGGUGCUGGGUGGCACUGAACAAGCCGGCUUCUUUGUAUGGCGCAGCAACUUCCAUGAGGCGGGUGAGGGCGAGACUGAGGCCAGCCUGCAGGAGGGCAUGGAGCGAGUGCGGGCAGUGGUACGGGCCAGCACCUUCUCAUGCAUCAUGCAGAAGUGGGGAGGCAAGCGUGAGGUCAUGUACACAGCCUUUAAGGCCCUUGGUGACUCCGUGGACUAUAUCCAGGUGUGUGACUCUGACACUGUGCUAGACCCAGCCUGUACCAUUGAGAUGCUUCGAGUCCUGGAGGAAGAUCCCCAAGUAGGGGGAGUUGGUGGAGAUGUCCAGAUCCUCAACAAAUAUGACUCGUGGAUCUCCUUCCUAAGCAGUGUGCGGUACUGGAUGGCCUUCAAUGUGGAGCGGGCCUGCCAGUCCUACUUUGGAUGUGUGCAGUGUAUCAGUGGGCCAUUGGGCAUGUACCGCAAUAGCCUUCUCCAGCAAUUCCUGGAGGACUGGUACCAUCAGAAGUUCCUAGGCAGCAAAUGCAGCUUUGGGGAUGACCGGCACCUUACCAACCGAGUCCUGAGUCUUGGCUACCGGACUAAGUAUACAGCACGCUCCAAGUGCCUCACAGAGACCCCCACCAAGUACCUCCGGUGGCUCAACCAGCAGACCCGCUGGAGCAAGUCUUAUUUCCGGGAGUGGCUCUACAAUUCUCUGUGGUUCCAUAAGCACCACCUCUGGAUGACCUACGAAUCAGUGGUCACAGGUUUCUUUCCCUUCUUCCUCAUUGCUACAGUAAUACAGCUUUUCUACCGUGGCCGUAUCUGGAACAUUCUUCUCUUCCUGCUGACAGUCCAGCUGGUGGGAAUUAUCAAGGCUACUUAUGCCUGCUUCCUUCGGGGCAAUGCAGAGAUGAUCUUCAUGUCUCUUUACUCCCUUCUUUAUAUGUCCAGCCUCCUGCCAGCCAAAAUCUUUGCCAUUGCUACCAUCAACAAAUCUGGCUGGGGCACUUCUGGCAGAAAAACCAUUGUAGUGAACUUCAUUGGCCUCAUCCCUGUGUCCAUCUGGGUAGCAGUUCUUCUGGGUGGGCUGGCCUACACAGCUUAUUGCCAGGACUUGUUCAGUGAGACCGAGCUAGCCUUCCUUGUCUCUGGGGCCAUCCUGUAUGGCUGCUACUGGGUGGCCCUCCUAAUGCUUUAUCUGGCCAUCAUUGCCAGGCGAUGUGGGAAGAAGCCAGAGCAGUAUAGCUUGGCUUUUGCUGAGGUGUGACACAGUCCCCCAAGUAGAGUGGGAAAAGUGCAAUGGGUACGGGGAG